UGUGUUACACCGUCACAUAUAUACAGAAUCAUAUCGUUGAUUUCCAUUAACUGCCACUAGGCCGAUUUACAAUGCUCUGAGCAACGUUAUAGACAGUGAAAAAACACUAGAACGGCCAUGGCUGCUGCCGGUAAAUCACUCCAUUUUUCCCAAUUUUCUCUCCUCUUCCAAUCUUCAACUCGCCUUCCUUUCCUAUCUUUCCGACACACAAAAUGCUUUUUAUCUCUUCUCCCUUCAGUGAGACCCUUGUCUUCUUCUACCAGUCCUUACCCUCUCCAAUUCGACAUGAUUAUCUCCCGCCCUUCACCUCGACUUCCUCCUCCUCGCUCUAAACUAAACGAGCCAAACGAUUCCGACUCGCCCGAGUCAGACCCAUCAGCGGAGUUGUCCCCGGAACUGAGUUUUGAGGAUUGGGUUGACAAGAAACUAACAGAGACCGAAAGCGAGAGGUUUACUAAGGCGAAUAAAACUCUAAACCCACAUGCAUCAGUUUCUGGAUGUGCCAGUGAUAACAGUGGUAAUAGUUUGGAGGGAAUGGAUAAAACUAAGAGGAAAUAUUACAGUAAGAGAAAGAAGAGGAUGUAUGGUGGUUCUGAUUCUGAUGAUGAGAGGAGGAAGAUGAGAGAAAAAAGCGAGGUUGUUGAGUUGAAACCUGAAGUGGUUGAGCUAAGAACACUCCAUAAAAGGGAAGAAGAGUUGUAUUUUUAUGAUACUUUUGCUUUUCCUUGGGAGAAGGAGAAGCAUUAUAAGAUGGUGUAUCAGUUGGAGAAGAAGUAUUUUCCUGAUCAGUGUUUAGAUCAGGCUUUUUUACAACCCGGGCAAUCAAAUACGAGCGAGCCAAGGAAGAAGAGGGUGGAGAAGGGUGAGGAAGACAAAGGGUUGGUUUUUUUCGACCAAGGAAGAGAUGGGCUAGCAAAAGAUGGUGGUAAGGACAUAUCUGAGAAAAAGGUGGAGGAUUUCUUCAAGUGUUUGAAGAAAGUCCCCAAUAAGAAUGGUGAAGUUUGUGGUAUUGUUGAGCCUUUUUUGGCAUCUAGGACUUUUGGAUUACCAUCCAAGUGGGAUAGUCCUGCUGGAACUGUUGUUUUGGUGAACAAGCCUAAAGGUUGGACUUCAUUCACAGUCUGUGGCAAGCUGCGCCGUUUGACUAAAAUUAAGAAGGUAGGACAUGCUGGCACUUUAGAUCCUAUGGCUACUGGCUUGUUGAUUGUCUGUGUUGGGAAGUCUACUAAGGUGGUAGACAGAUAUCAGGGUAUGAUUAAGGGUUAUAGUGGAGUUUUUCGUCUGGGGGAGGCAACUUCCACUUGGGAUGCUGAUUCACCGGUCAUUCAACGUGAGCCAUGGGAACAUAUAAAGGAUGAAGAGAUAAGAAAGGCAGCUGCAUCAUUUACUGGUGAAAUAUGGCAAGUUCCCCCUAUGUUUUCUGCAAUCAAAGUGGGGGGUGAAAAAAUGUAUGAGAAGGCCAGAAGAGGAGAAAGCAUUGAACUUUCACCUCGACGAAUUUCAAUAUUGCAGUUUGACAUAGAGCGCAGCCUAGAGGACAGACAAAAUUUAAUUUUUCGAGUCAUCUGUUCGAAAGGUACAUACAUCCGGUCCCUCUGUGCAGACUUGGGGAAGGCUCUUGGAAGCUGUGCUCAUUUGACUGCCCUACGGAGAGAUUCAAUUGGGGAUUACACUGCUGAUGAUGCCUAUGAAUUUCAAGAACUAGAGGAGCAAAUUACAAAAAUGUACUUGUAGCUAGCUGCACAUAGUUUCUGGUCGCUUCUGGGAGUUGGCUAGACCUGCAAUUCCAAUUCUGGGCAAGAGACUUAGCCAUGCUGUGUUUCGUAAAAACACCAUUUAUAUUGUACCCAUUCUUUAAUUUAGUGCAUGCGGGGAAUUGAUUGUAAAAUCUAGCUGUAUAUCAUAUAGUCAAAUACUAAAAUUUCAUUGUUUAUUAAUUCAGGGAAGUGGGGGUGGGCCGAUGUUACAUUGCUACAGAAGGCAUACUUGGAUGUAUCUAUCAAAUUAGUAGAAGAAAAAUUACGUAUUCAGUACUUUAUUGCGAAGAUUAGUUUAUUA